CUUGAAACUAUUUUGAUGGAAUAUGAGAGCUAUUAUUUUGUAAAAUUCCAAAAGUACCCUAAAAUUGUUAAAAAGGCAUCAGACACAGCAGAGAAUAAUUUGCUGCCAAAAACUGGAGGAAAAAGCAGAAGGGUGAAGAGUGACACUUGUCAAAAUCUCCCCAAGAUCAGUCAGCAGAGGCCAAGAUCCAAAACCACAGCAGGGAAGACAGGGGACGCCAAAUCCCUGAAUAAGGAGAAUCCUAAACAGGUCAGAAUGACUUUUGGCAACACUCACAUGGAGAAUGCUGACUUUGGCUUAAAUAUCUCAAGAAUCCACACUGGCAGCGGAGAGGAAAAUGCACACCCAGGAAGAGGCCAAAUCACUGACUUCCGAGGGCUGCUCACAAAUGCUAUCAAAGGAGCAACCAGUGAACUUUCCUUGAACACUUUGGACUGUAACCCAGACCCCUCUGAACGCUUGCUGAAACCUCUGAGUGCAUUUAUUGGCAUGAACAGUGAGAUGCGAGAAUUGGCAGCAGUGGUGAGCCGGGACAUUUAUCUCCAUAAUCCAAACAUAAAGUGGGAUGACAUUAUUGGCCUGGAUGCAGCCAAGCGGCUAGUCAAAGAAGCUGUUGUAUAUCCUAUAAGGUAUCCCCAGCUAUUCACAGGAAUUCUUUCUCCCUGGAAAGGAUUACUGCUUUAUGGACCUCCAGGUACAGGAAAGACUUUAUUGGCCAAAGCUGUGGCCACUGAAUGCAAAACAACCUUCUUCAACAUUUCUGCAUCUACCAUUGUUAGCAAAUGGAGAGGAGAUUCAGAAAAACUUGUCCGAGUACUAUUUGAACUUGCCCACUAUCACGCCCCCUCUACAAUUUUCCUGGACGAGCUGGAAUCAGUGAUGAGUCAGAGAGGGAUGGCUCCUGGGGGAGAACACGAAGGAAGCCUUCGAAUGAAGACAGAGCUACUGGUGCAGAUGGAUGGUCUGGCACGCUCGGAAGAUCUUGUGUUUGUCUUAGCAGCUUCUAACUUGCCCUGGGAGCUGGACUGUGCCAUGUUACGGCGCCUGGAGAAGAGGAUUCUGGUUGAUCUCCCUAGCCAAGAUGCCAGGAAGGCCAUGAUCUACCACUGGCUUCCCCCCGUGAGCAACAGCCAGGCCCUAGAGCUGCGGACAGAGCUGGACUAUAAUGUCCUGAGCCAGGAGACAGAGGGCUACUCGGGCUCGGACAUUAAGCUGGUCUGCAGGGAAGCAGCCAUGAGGCCUGUGCGGAAGAUCUUCAACACACUUGAAAAGUACCAGUCAGAAGACAGGAAUUUCCCUGGGAUCCAGCUGGAUACGGUGACCACAGAGGACUUUUUGGAUGUGCUAGCUCACACCAAGCCCUCAGCAAAGAAUCUGACCAAGAGAUACACAGCCUGGCAGAAAGAAUUUGAGUCCGUUUGAAACCACCCUUAUCCUGACCUGGCCAGAGGUAUUUGCAUAAGUUGGAGAAGAACUGAUUGGAAUGGAAAAGAGAGAUUAUUUUUCAACACUGGAUUAAUUUGGGCAGCUUUCAUUUGGGAAACAGAGACAUUUUUAUUAAUAUUUCAUCAUAGAUGCCAGCAACAUACUGAAGAUUGCAGCUCCAUGUAUAUGUUCAUGAGGGUUAAGCAAUAGACUUUCCUCACAGUUAAGACUUCAUAAAAUUCUGAUUUCCUGUAGUGUUUUUAAUUUGUGAGCUGCUUUUUUCAGUUUGAAGGUAAAAAAUCUUUCUAAGUAUCUACUCUUUUCUUGCAACAUAUUCUCAAAUCUGUCAGUCAUCAUCAUUCUCUAAAUGGCCAAACAUAUCAAUCAGAUAAACAUUCUCUUUUUGAGGGGGUUGAGUUGCUAUUAAUAUCCUUUUUUUAAAAAAAUGUUGAGGUAUGAUCCUUCUAAUUUGUUCAGGGCUUUUAUGUUGAUAAAGUUUUAAGUUCCAUCUUACUUCCUGUGAUCCUGAUACCCUGUAGAGGAGGGGACCAGAGAGCUACUGCAGAUAAGCAGAUUUGUACUUACUUUGUUUUCAGCUCUGCAUCUCACCCUGGCCCACCAACCAUUCCCAUUGUCUCCAAGGCCUUAACCUUCAUGAUGCCGUUUCUCCAGAGAAUGGAAGACCUCUAUUUCCUUGACUUGCCUGGGCGGUGGGGGUGGGGAGGUCAUCUGGCUGCUGGCAGGGAAGGGUUUCUGGGAGUUAAAAUACAAAUAUUUAACCACAACCAGUCUUUUCACCAAUUUUUAAUCAAUUUCUUUUCAACCCCACUUCAUACCUUACUCCUCACUCCCAGGAGCAAGUUUUUGAGGUUCUACAAGAUGGAUUUUUGGUGUAUUUUCUUUGUUCUAACUUCAGUUAUCGACACUGUACUUCCUUUUUGGUUGGA